AUGGGAUUUACUCCAUCUAUAGAAUUACAAGAAUGGCUUGGUAAAUAUCAAAUAUUACUUAGUGCUUACAAACAUAAAGCACCUCGACCAACUCCAUCAGCUGUUGAUUUUGAUCUUAGUGAUAUAAUUGGUGAUAC